AUGGCCACGUCACCUCGUGUCCAACCCGUGGACCCAAAGAACGUCCCGAUCCCCGCGACGCCCAAGGUGGCGCCAACCUACCGUCGUGGCAGCACGGACGCCUCGAUGGGUGCUUUCGAUGACCCGGACGCGACGGUCACGUUGACGCUCGGGCAGAUGGACGACCUUUUCAACAAGUUCAUCACCAACAACCAGUGGCUCGGUGCGGCAGCCCGGACGCGCAGCCUCGCGCAACAACUGCCGCCGGUCGAGUUCCAUCAUUUCACUCACCUUGCGCCCGAAUCCGUCGAGCAGAACCGCCCGGCACCGGACGGCCCUGGGCAAUACGCCAAGACCAUGCCUGAGGGUUUCUCGCAAAUCGUCACGGCAGACGACAUCAAGGCACCGUUCCUCAACUCGAGCGACACCGCGAAAAUGAAGGCUUUCUGGCUCGAGUGGCGCCGCUACGAAGACGCGAUCCAAGAGCGGUUCAACCAGUUCGGCGGUCAAGUAGCCAUACAGCGGCGCGUGUUGCGCUAUUGUGUGGACAACAACACGCUUCGGACGAUGCUGCGCUACCGCUGGGGCCAAGGCAACCGGGACCUCGACUCAGUCCCGGACGACGAGCUCUAUGCGUUCUUCAAGACCGACUGCGAGCGCGUGAAGACCAACGUUGCGGACUUCUUUGCGCGUGUGCGUCGGGAACUUCGGUGCGACGAGACGAUUCGCAACGGCGAGUCUCGUGCCCUUUACCACGACGUGGAGCCCGAAUCGGCCCGCAACCACAUCAUCCACGCGGUGCGGCCCGAAUACCUCCAGUCGUAUUUGCGUCAAGAGAUCAACUUCUCCAAGAAGCGCUACAAGCGGUGGGACGACUUUGUGGGUCUUCUCAUCGACACAUUUGGAGCCUACACCCGCUUCGACAACUUCAAGAAGCCCUCCGCCGGCACGCCUCCCGCCGGCGACACCGCGCCCACUGGCGUGACGAAGGACAAGGACAAGGUGCACAAGAAGCAAGGCUCGAAGACCGACGUUGGUGGUGCCAAGGUGCCUGGUGGCGCUGCGACAACCAAGAAGGCGCCCACCGGCGACUCCAAGCCCAAGCAUCCGUGCCUCAAGUGCAAGGCUGUGGACCACAACGUCUGGAAGUGCCCGCUCAUCCCGGACAACGACGCCGGCGUAGCGGAAAAGAAGACCCUCCUCAAGGCCUUCUACGACCAGCAGCGUGCGACCCCGACGACGCCUCCGAUCCCCCGCAACAACAUGAUCCAGUCUGCGGAAGAUAGCCUCGUCCCAGCCACUGAACAACCACCCCGCGAUCUCUUGUCUGGCGCCCUGGCCGGGCCAGUGUCGGUCCCUAUCUCGGUGCAACUCGAUUCGGGCGCCGACAUGACGGUCGUCACGCGGGCGUGGGUGGACAAGGCUCUACUGGCCGGAAGCGACGUCAAGCCGACGGUUUUGGCGGUCUCGCAACGUGUACUGACAUUCACGGGCCAAGUGUCAACGAUCUCGGAGAAGGUCGUGCUUGACCUCAUCUUGCCCGCUGGCAGCAGCUCGCUCAAGCUCCAAUCGCUCCCCUGCAUGAUCCAAGAGGACGAGCUGCCCGACUAUUGCGGCGAUCUUCUGGUGUCUCGUCAUGUGAUGCACCAACUCGGCUACGACCCGACGUCUCUCCUCCAGAAGGCUGGCGAGAUCCGUAAUGCGCCUUAA